GUGUUCUGCAAGUCUGCUGUCUCCCGUGGGGUGGUGCCCAGGCGCGGCUGGGAAUGGACCAAGCUUGCUGCAGCCGCUGGGGAGCUAUUGCCCUACGCUUUCGAGAAGAGCGACGCGCAAGAAAAGUGGGGCGGUGAGAACUUUUUCUCGGCGAUGAUGGGCGGCCGCUCGCUGCGCUUCACGGCGGUCGCCGCUCUUGGCGUGGAGUUCCAGGGUGGCGGCAAUUCGGCGGAGGAGAAGGCCGCGGAGGGCGCACUCCGUAAGCUGUACUCCGCGAUCAACGGGCGCUGGGUCGAGCUGCUAGCUGGCGCUGCGACGCGUGAGCGCAGGGCAGGCGGUCAGAGUGGUGGGGAUGUGUUUGAUGACGUUGGGGGCGCUGCCGUGUGGCGCGCAUUGGAGGCAGCGGUGCGGGCAAACAGGCCGAAUGCAGACGGUUCUGGCGGCAUGUGA